AUGUUGAAUGCGGAGUUUUUCGAGCUGGACAAAUGCCAACCGUUGACAAGACGUGAGACUCGAAGGCCCUCUGCAGCACAAAGGCCCCAUAAGCAGUCGUCGCAGGAAUCCAGAGCACAUUCUUCCACAAAUCUAGUAUCUGACCAAGGCCGUCGCAACCCAAGCCUACUUACGAUAGACAAAGACAGAGUACCUGAACCUGAGAGUAUCGCCCGUGCCGUGCCGCAAAUUGGUGUAGCAGACGCUACAGAUGCACACAAUAGCGAUCCUUCCUUGGCAACGGCGCUGAGCUCUGGCGAUAGUGACACAGAUGUCCAGAGUCCAUGCGGUUGGACGGAGCUGGAGGGCGCCCGUGGCAGACGGAGUGGUUCCGCAACGGGGCGCCGAAGCUCGAGCUUGUGUGAAGGCAAGCAGAAGCACGAGCAGAGUGUGGCUACCACCCAGCCAGGAGGCUGCAAGUCAUACAGCUAG